AUCUGUUAUCAGUGUUAUGUUAUAAAUAAUAAUUGGAUGCCUAUACAGUUAUUCAAACUCAAUUACUGGACUGAUGAGUGAUGAGUAAUGAAUAUUGAUUAUUGACAGUUCUGCCUUUUGUAUAAGUUACUCGGCAUACAUAACUUAAAAGUAUAAUACUGCUGUAACCAAUACACAUCCUAGUUUUUACAUUUAUAGUAUUAUAUCCAAUACUAUACCUAUUUCUUCUGUAUUUUUUUAAUUAUCAGUUAAUUACUUAUUUUAAUAUGGCAUCGAAUUUGGUAAAAAUGGUAAAGUUUAAUAAUGGUCAACUAUAUCCAAUCUUAGGUUUGGGAACUUGGCAGGCAUCAGCAGUCAUUGAUGAUUCUCAACACACUGCACUCAUUAAUGCUAUAAAAAGUGCAAUUGACAUAGGAUAUCGUCAUUUUGACUGUGCUGCCAUUUAUAACAACGAAAAACUUAUGGGAAAGGCUAUAAAUGAUAAAAUUUUAGAAGGUGUUGUUAAAAGAGAUGAACUAUUUAUCACUAGUAAGCUUUGGAAUGAUAAGCAUAGAUCAGAACUUGUCGAAGAAGCAUUGAAGAAUACUUUGAAUGAUUUAUGCUUGAGUUAUGUAGAUUUAUAUCUUAUUCAUUGGCCUUUUGGAACUAGUGAAGAUCCUAAUGCUGCUGAUAGUGAAGGACGAUUAUUAGGCUCUGGUAUCUCCUAUUUAGAAACUUGGAAAGCUAUGGAAAGAUGUGUUCAAAAAGGUCUCACAAAAUCAAUUGGAGUGUCAAAUUUCAAUAUUAGACAGUUAAAAGAUAUUUUAGAAAUAGCUACUAUUAAACCAGUAGUUAAUCAGGUCGAGUGUCAUCCUUAUUUAACACAAAAUAAACUGAAAGAAUUUUGUGAAAGUAAUGGCAUACUACUAACUGGUUAUGCACCAUUAGGAUCAGCAAAAAGGUCAUGGGCAGGACCAGAAGAAGAUGCUAUUUUAGACGAACCUAUAGUAAAACAAUUAGCUGAUAAAUAUAAGAAAACUAAUGCUCAAAUAUUAAUAAAGUUCCAAAUACAAAGAGGUGUUAUAGUCAUACCAAAAUCAUCCAAUCCAAAGAGACAGAAAGAAAAUUUUGAUGUCUGGGAUUUUGAGUUAACAUUACAAGAUAUAGACUUACUUGAAUCCUUGAAUAAAAAUGCUCGUUAUUUUGAGUUUAAUACAUUUUUAUAUAAUAAUAUGUCGUCAUCUUCGUCAGUGAAAAUGGUAAAAUUCAACAAUGGUCAACAGUAUCCAAUCUUAGGGUUGGGCACUUGGCAGACCAAACCUGGAAUAAACGAAUCUGAACAGACAGAGAUUUACAAUGCAGUAAAAAGUGCAAUUGAUAUAGGAUAUCGUCAUUUUGAUUGUGCAGCCUUUUACAACAAUGAAAGUUCCAUUGGAAAGGCUAUUGCUGAAAAAAUCAAAGACGGAGUCGUAAAAAGAGAAGAAUUAUAUAUUACUAGUAAAUUAUGGAAUAAUAAACAUAAACCUGAAGAAGUAGAAGUUGCAUUGAAGAAUAGUUUGAAUUUACUAGGUUUAGAUUACCUAGAUUUAUACCUUAUUCAUUGGCCAAUUGCAACUACUGAAUAUCCAACUGCUACAGACAGUGAAGGGCGGUUUAUUGGUACUGAUGAUUCUUAUUUAGACACAUGGAAGGCUAUGGAACAAUGUGCCAAAUUAGGAUACACAAAAUCAAUAGGAAUUUCAAAUUUUAAUAUUAAACAAGUGAAAGAAAUUUUAGAAAUAGCAACAAUAAAACCGGUUAUUAAUCAGAUUGAAAAUCAUCCUUAUUUAACUCAAAAUAAACUUAAAGAAGUUUGUGAGAGUAAUGGAAUAUUAUUAACUGCUUACGGACCUUUAGGAUCACCUUACAGAGGUGCAAACUCAAAAGGAUUAAUACUUUUAGAUGAGCCAAUUGUUAAGCAAAUAGCCAACAAAUAUAAAAAGACCAAUGCUCAAAUAUUAUUAAGAUUUCAGGUUCAAAGAGGUGUUAUAGUCAUACCAAAAUCAUCUAAUUUGGAAAGACAAAAAGAAAAUUUUGAUAUCUGGGAUUUUGAGAUGAACAAGGAAGAUAUGGAUUUACUGGAGUCAUUAAACCAAAAUUUACGUUAUGUUAUUUUCAAACCAGGAAUGCACUUGAAAGACUAUCCAUUUAACGAGGAACCAUAAACAUCAGUGAUAACUAAACUGAUAAAAGCAAUGAUCUGAUAUUGUAAUAAUUGAAAUAAGAAAUACAAAAAUAUAUUUAAUUUGUCUUUUAAAAUGAA